AUGCCAGAAGGUCCUGAGCUCCGCCUUUCCGGUCUCUUUGUAAAUAGGGUUUGUGAUGGGCUACACUUUACAGGCAAGGUGGAAAAGUCUGCCAUCAGUAAAAAUCCAGAAGUGCCGUUCUGCAGCCCAAAGUACACCAUCAGUGCUGUGUCCAGAGGCAAGGAGGUCAAACUGAUCCUCACCCCAACGUCAGAUAAGAAUGAUGCUGCCUCUGUCGUUUUCAGGUUUGGCAUGUCAGGAAGCUUUAAAUUCACUGCAGUGGAUAACCUUCCCAAACAUGCUCACCUGCGCUUCUACACCAAAGAUUCCCCAAAACGCGUUCUCAGCUUUGUAGACCCACGCCGCUUUGGAAGCUGGGAAUUCAAUGGGUCGUGGCAGCCAGAGCGUGGCCCUUGUGUGAUGACGGAGUAUGAAAAGUUCAGGGAAAACGUUUUGAAAAACUUGUCUGACAAAGUGUUUGACAAACCAAUAUGUGAAGCUUUGUUGAACCAGAAAUAUUUCAAUGGCAUUGGCAAUUACUUGCGAGCAGAGAUCCUGUAUCGGUUGCACAUUCCACCAUUCAUGCCAGCUCGUGAAGUUCUGGAGGCUGUAAAGCAUCAGAAUCAGAAUAGUGACCUUUCACUCAGCAAGAAAAUAAAAAUUAAGAAGGAGAAUCCAGACCUUUUGCAGCUUUGCCACUCAGUUCCAUUGGAAGUCAUUGAUCUGGGAGGUAAAGGAUAUGACCCUGAAAAUGCAGUUGACUAUGCUGCCUUUGGAACAUGGCUGCAAUGUUAUUUUGUCACUGGAAUGAAGACUAUGAAAGACAGCAACGGGAGGACCAUCUGGUUCCAGGUAGGAGUCUUGAUGUCUUAA